AUGUCUUCGGAACAGGUGCAUCCCCUUCGAAUCGCCAAAGGCACUACGCCCAAGUCAUCGCCCACAAAGAUGGCUAGCGGUCUCCCCCGCCCUUUGUCCGAGCUCUCGCCCACGGAGAGACGCCGCAACUCGCCCAGCUGGCACCAGAUCGUGUCCCCCAAGCAGAAGCCAACCCUUGGCAACGACUCCUCUCCAUUCCAGUCGUCGCCGCUCGAUGGGGGCUCCUCCCCACGGCACUUCUGGCAGAACCGAAACUCGGAAAACGUGCCCUACGGCGGCGGCCAUACCGCCACCUCCCCUUCGCCACAACGCCGCUCCUCCAUUGAGAGACUGCAGAGAGCUUCCCGAGUCAAGAACAGCAACAUCUUGGCCUUGGAACAGAAGCAGGAAUAUGAUCCCACUCGCAUCCCGACAAUCGAGAGACCGCUCGCAAAGGUCCAAGUAAACAGCCUUGGUUUUUCCACCAGCUCCAGUGCCAGCUCCAGCGGCGGCUUGCGCUCCAUCGAAUCUGAGUACCAGAUCCCCGAAUUCAAACGCAGUGACACUGCUUCUACCACCACCUCCUUCUUUUCUAUUAUGAGCACAAACACCACCACUGGGCCCGUCGCAGCUCCCACCACACCACGCUCCAACCGCGAUCAGUCAGCCAACUCGCCUAACAAGUCGUCUCUCUCCCCGUCCAAGUUCAAGGACUCCUUUGAUCCCAUUACCGGAACCUGGUCUACCCGAACGUCCUACGUUGACGAAGACUUCUCCUCGAGCCGGUCAUCGCAUCGCCAUGUGAAGAGCGUGACCUUUGAUGCUGCUCCCCCACAGAUUAAUGAGUACGAAAUGGCCACACCUGAUCUCUCUUCCAUUGGAACCAACUCACGCGAAGGAAGCUACGAAUCUGACGACACCGACGGUGACCGCGGCUACUACGAUCUCGCUCACGGCGAAAACCUCGAUGAUAGCUUUGACGCAUCCCUCGAAGACACUAUGAAAACUCCAGUUGUUGGCCCGGACGACUAUAGCCCAUACGGCCGUGGCCACGGGCGCUACGAAGCUAGCCCUAAACCUGAUGGCAGUCCUUCCAUGGCGUUGUCUAAUAACCAGAAGAACAAGAACGGUUCAAGCUCAGUCUCAUCCAGCGCUGAGCACCGCCCCCUGCCCCCCGUGCCGAACAGGGGCCACGAGCGCAUCAAGUCGAGCGACUCUUCCUCCGGCCAGUCAACCAGUGCCGAGCACAUGAUCAACUCGGGUCAGCGCAACCUGCCUACGCCUCCACCGGCAAGCAAGUCUGAUAUCCAGAACUUUGGUCACAGCAAGAUGCCUCUUGAAGAGCGUCUCAAGCUGAUGAUGAUGUCUGAUGAUGGGGAUGCUAAGACGGCUGCUGAGCAGCAGCGCGAGCGACGCCUUAGGAGAGGCAGCGCACGCGAGCGCAUCAAUAGCCCCGCGGUGGAGGAGGAGCCCAACGCCCAAGCUUCUGAAGACGCUGAGGCCGAUGACACCAUUGCAGACAUGUCGGCUCUUGGUGACUUCCAGAUGCCCGGCAAAAUCUCUCGCGAAUCCAUCAUGCGUCGUGUUAACGGCAACAAGGUCACUGAGAGCGAAUCUGACUUCAACCUCUCUUCCCCUGCCCAAAGCCCUUCGCGCAGUGCCGAGAGAAACUUUGACGUCUCUGUUAUUCCCGAGGACCCCGAUAUCCCAAUCCCAUCCACAGAAGACUCCAUGAUUGAGGAAGACACCAUUGUCGAGGAUGGCAGCGUCAUUAUUACGAGAAACCCGUCGGACUACGGAAACGAUGCAUUGGAUCUGUACGACGAGGAGGAUGAAAUCAGCAUCUUGCCCGAUGACGAUACAUAUGAAGAAGAUAUGCACCACGCUGAGCAGGAUGAACAGGCUGAGUAUGCUCCGGAAGGAGAAGCCAUCGUGGAUGAGACACCCCGACUCGCCCCGCCUGCUGAGCCUCCUGCGUCCCCCGAGCCCGUCAGCCUCCAGCCGCAGCCUAUUCUUGAGCCCGUGAAGCCUACGCUGAACCCGCCUUCCCUCACGAAGCGGCCUGCCACCCCAGAGAAGGGCUUCUCUAAGCCUGAGUAUGACGGUAGUGGCUGGGGCGAUGACGAUGAAUAUGCCGAUGAGCCUGAGAGCCCCGGCUCCGUCAUUCAUCACCCUGUCGACGAUGAGGAAGAUCUUUUUGAUGAGUGCCCAGUGUCACCCGUGGAACCACCCGUCAUUCCUGAGAGACUGGCCACCAUCAAGGCGUCCGGCUCCAAGCUCAAGACAAGAGUCUCCAACACGCCAGCUGACAUGGCUUCUAUGCGUGAGGCUCGUCGGCUAGCAAGCCAGGAAGUACCGAUUGUGCCCCCGAUUCCACAAAAGCAUAAAAACCGUCUUUCCAAGGAUAUGUCCGUGCAGCUGGAGGAUGGUGAUGAUCCAUUCGUUGAGCGCCACUCCAGCUUCAAGAACCGCAGCCUGACUCUGGACCUUGAUACUGGUCUCAGCCUCGACAAGGACUUUGAGAGAGUUAUUGAAGGCCAAAAGCGCGGCUAUCUCAUGCGUCAGAAUACGAAGCUGGUGGCGGCUAGCGACAAAGAUGGCGAGGACACCCGCAAGACGCGCUCUGCCAACAACUCCCCGAUCAAGCACGAUCGACCGCCGUCUUGGACUGUUGAGCCAUGGAACCCCGCUGUCCGCAAGAAGAGCACCAGCUCCAAGGCAAUCAGCUUUGCUGGUUCUGUCCCUCCUCUUCCCGGUCAAGAUAGCAACAGUAUCCCCACUCGGUCGAUUCCCGAGGAAGACAUGAGCAUGGAUGCGACUACUCUGGACGGUGCGGAGAGAGGCCGUCUGUUUGUCAAGGUCAUGGGAGUCAAGGAUCUUGACCUGCCUCUGCCAAGAAAUGAACGCACUUGGUUCAGCCUGACUCUCGACAACGGCGUUCACUGUGUUACUACUUCGUGGUUGGAGUUGGCCCGCAAUGCGCCUAUUGGCCAAGAGUUUGAGCUGGUCGUGCCCAACGACUUGGAGUUCCAGCUGACUCUCAACGUGAAACUUGAGAAGCCUGCAUACCUCAGCUAUCCUGUUCCUGUCAAGAGUGGCAAGUCCAAGACCUCGGCAUUUAGCAAAGUUUUUGCUUCUCCCAAGAAGCGCAAGGAAAUUGAGCUCCGUCAACGAGAGGAGGAACGUAUCGCAAAGCAGCACCAGGAGGCUCUCGCGCGCCAGAAAAAUGGGACACCUUCCGCUUAUGAGCUCCUAUCUCCUCUUGUUGCCGAGGUGGACGGCAGCUUCGCUCGCUCUUACGUUUGCCUCAAGGAGCAUGAAAAUCGAUGCUUUGGACGCCCAUACAUGGCUGAGGUUGUUUGCUUCAAUGAGUGGGCCGAGGAAGAGGAGUCGUUCGCUUGCAGCGUAAAGAGCAAGCGAGGGCCUGGCGCCGUUGUCCGCCGGGCCCCAUACAAGAUUGGCAAGCUCGAACUGCAGCUGCUGUUUGUGCCCAGACCUAAGAACAUAAGCGAUGAUGAAAUGCCCAAGAGUAUGAACUCGUGCAUCCGAGAGCUUAGAGCGGCUGAAGAAAGACUGGCUAGAAGCUGGGAAGGUCACCUAAGUCAACAAGGAGGCGACUGUCCUUACUGGCGCAGAAGAUAUUUCAAGCUGUCCGGCGCACGUCUAACUGCUUACCACGAAUCGACGCGACAACCGCGCGCUACAAUCAACCUGAGCAAUGCGAAGCGCUUGAUUGAUGACAGACGCGCGUUGACGGAAAAGGAGACGACAGUCAAGGGUGGCAAGCGUCGCAGAUCAGCGUUUGCAGAAGAAGAAGAGGGCUACAUGUUUGUCGAGGAAGGGUUUCGCAUACGCUUCAACAAUGGCGAAGUCAUUGACUUUUAUGCGGACACGGCUGAGGACAAAGAUGGUUGGAUGAGAGUGUUGCAGGAAGUGAUUGGCCGGGGGGCCAGCAGUGUAGAUGACGACGGCGGUCCACGAUCCCGUGCAAAGUGGUGCGAAGUUGUUCUGAAGAGAGAGGAGCAGCUUCGGCGACGAGCAGAACGGAAAUCGAGCCACAGCCGCAGCAAGAGUGUGCAGAGCGGCGGUACUCUGUUUUAA